CAUUCACUCUAUCUGGUAGAGAUGAGUGAUAGAGGGGUAAGGGGAGUUGAAGAUCCUACCUUAAAUGUUAAGAAGGUUUCUGUUGAAGAUUUGAGUGGAGAUGGUGACCGAAAGUUGAAGACGAAUCCAUUUGAAGCAGAAGGAUCUGGUACUAGCGUACAAUGGCCACCGAUUGCAGUUGAUUAUCCAGCUGAGCUUCAGAGCCUUAAAGAUGCCAUACAAGAAAAAGAAGAAACUCAUUUGCUUGAGAUUUCAAAGUAUAAGGAAUCCAGUGAGAAGCAGCUGGAGACUAUUGACAAGCUGCAGAAUAAAGUUUCAGAAUACAGGACUCUGUGCUUUGAACUUGAAAAUAAACUAGACAAUCUAUCAAAAAUUAAAUCUGAACAAUCACAGUUUCCUUCAGAAACUAUCAAGAAGCUGGAGACAAGAGUUAAGGAAUUGAUGAAGGAGAAGGAAGACAAUGAACGUAGUUAUAUGGAUGAGAUACAAUCAAUGAUACUUGAUAACAACAAGCAAACACAUCGUUCUCUCCAGCUGUCAGCCAGUAAUACCACUCUCCUGAAGCAGCUGGAAGAUUCCCAAGAGAUUAUUAAAGAACUGAGAGCCAGCAACGAGAAACUGACUGAAAGGAACAAAUCGAUCUCUCUGGCAGAGAAAAACAAAGCUAGUGCAGUAAACAGUAUUGUUGGAGUUAAAAAUAAAGCAGCUGUACUGAGGACUGAUUUUGAAAUAAUGAAGGAAGAGUCAACUAAGGAGAUACACGAACUGAAUGAAAAGAUGAAGCUUCUAGCAAGAGAAAUGAAAGAGCACAUGGAGGAGAAGAUGAAGGAACAGAAAACAACACAAGAACAGAUGAGAGUUUUUACUGAAAUUUCAACACUUCAAGAAGAUUACGCUCUACAAUUGGAGACAUACAAAGAUCUUGUCGAAGAGCUGGAGACAGAGCUAGCAUCAGUCAAAGAGUUGAAAGAAGAAGCGGAACAAAAAGUAUUCGAAGCAGUUAAAAAAUCCGAAGAUCUUGAAGCACAGAUUGUUGCAUUGAAAAAUGAGAAGACUAUAGUUGCUGGGAUUCGUGACAGAGAUAUUGAGACAUUACAAGAUGCUCUGCUAAAUGUAACUAGACUUUUUGUGGAUGGAGAGAAAGUAACAGUCGACCUUUUUAAAGAUGAUGUGGAUGAAGGCUGUGAUUGGAUAAUGUCCACGGUUACAAAUGGAUUCAAUUCACUUCACUGCACUAUAGAGAAACAGGAGACAGAGCUAGUUAUAGCUGAAGAGAGAGUUGCUGAAUUAACUUCACUUCUGAUGAACGAGAAGGAUCAAAAAGUUGAGACUUAUUCUGCUGCCGGACUGAUGAAGAGAGAAUUGAAUAUUUGUCAAAGUCAAUUGAAUGAACUCUCUCAAACAAAAGUACAGCUUCAAGGACAAAUUGAGAACAUUGUCAGUCAAAAGAUGGAAGUUGAUUCUAAACUAUCAGAAUACCAAGAGUCCCUUGCCCUCUUAGAGGCCGAGAGAUCCGAGACUUUAGAGGCUCAGGGUUCUCUCGAGAAGAGGAUCAAAGAUCUUGAGAAUGAAACAAAGGGUAUUCAAAUGGAUAAGGAAGGGCUCGAGGCUGAAAUGACCAAGAAGAAGUACAUGGUUGCUAGGCUCCAGCAAAGCAUCAACCAGUCACAGAGAGAAGUAAAGGAGCUACAGGAUAAACUCUCUUCUCUCAAGACGGAGAAGAUGGACAUGGAGAAAGUAAUGUUUGAUACAAAGUCAAAAGUCAGUAUGCUGGAGCUAGAAAAAGACUUGCUAGAGAAGGAGCUGAAGGAUGUGCAGCAAUCAGAGCAGACAUUGCUGGAAAGAAUGGUAGAGUUUCAACAAGCCAACUCAAUACUGGAGUCAGAGAAGAGAGCAUUGCAAGAAUCACUGGACAAUAUGUCGGCAAAACAGAAUAAGCUUGAUAGAAUGAACAGUGUAUUAGUAGAGAGGAAACAAAGCCAGGAUGAUGAGGUGGAGAGACUUCGAUCUACCAAUAGACUUCUCACUGAUCAGGUAGAUACUCUAGAUAAGAACCUUCAAGAAUUGGAAUCAAUUUGCGUCAGACUACGCAAAGAAAAGAGCUCUCUCAAACAAGAGGCGAUACUACUCAACGAAGCUUUUGUGAAGACUCGUAGCACCUUGUCGGAGGUUCAGAUACAGCGUGGCCAGCUGAAUCAGUCUGUGGCUAAGAUAGUACAGGAGAAAGCUCUCCUUGUCCAAGAGAAGAUACAACUUGCUUCCAAUAUAGCUCAUUUGGAGGAAUCACUCAAGUGUAGCCUACAGACUAUAGCAAUCCUCUCUAAAGAUAAGGAUGAUUCAGAGAUCAGUCUGAAGGAGUUGUCGGGAGAGCUGGAGAGCUCUCGUGAUAAGGUUUUUCAACUAGAGAACUCUAUUAUUACACUCAGAGAGGAGAAACAGAGCGAGGCAAAGGAGAGCAAGGAGGCAUUUGAAGCGUUUCAGGUUAAAAUGGCCUCCGAGAUUGAUAAGAGUAAGGAAGAGGCUCAAAAAUUAAAGGAAGAGCUGCAGAUUAAGAUUGCAGGGUACGAAAAAUCUCUCUCUACUUGCAAGAAAUCUCACGAACUUGAAAUAAGUGAAUUGAAGGGCAACCAUUCACAGGAAGUCAUGUCACUCAUCAAGAAUCAUGAGACAAUGGUUGCAAAGCUUCAAAAUGAAUUGGAGGAGUACAAGAAAGAGUCUGAAGCUGCUAUUGGGAAGGCAGUCCAAGAUAAGGAAGCUACUGUCGUUGGAAUGGAGAAAGAGAAAGACUUGAUGGUUGAGAGAUUGGAGCUUGAGAUAAAGAGGGAAAGAGAAAAGUCCAGCGAGUUGGAACAAGAGAAGAAAGAACUUGAAGUUCGGACUUCUGAGCUGACAGACCAGUUAAAAGCAUCGGAAGAGAAUGCUGAAACUUUAUCUAAAGAACUAAACUACAUUGAAGGACAAAUACAGAAAUUGCAAACUAUUUUAGAUGAAGUGAAAAAUGAUGCUGAAGGUGAAAUUAAUCAGUUGAAAACUGAUUUGAGCAACUCUGCCAGCAAAGUGAUUGAAUUAGAAGAAAAAACUGCCAACCUCCUUCUUGCCAUCAAGCAUCACGAAAAUAACACUUCAUCUGCUAAGAAACAGCUUCAAGAGGCACAAGAUAUACUUGACAGGCACCUGAAGGAGACACAGAGGCUAAUGACUGAUAAACAAAGUCUUGAAAGGCAACUGGGAAAUAUUCAGAGUAAUUAUGCGCAGGCUUUUCAAACCAUUAGUCAGUAUGAAGAGAAAUUUAGCGAGAGAGAAGAGGAGAAGAAUCAAGCGCUUGGUGAGGGAAGGAGGUUGAGAAAGUUGCUUCAGUUUUCUGAGCAAGCACUGGCUAAGUUGACGGAUGAUCACAAACAGCUUGAAGGCUCUUACACGACCUCACAAAAAGAACUUAAUCUCUCACGAUUGCAAGUGAGGAGUUUGAGAGAGGAAUUGAGGGAAGGCCAGCAGGUUAUUGAAGAAUAUAAACAUAAAGUGGCUGAUUUGGAAGGUCGACUCAGUGUUGCCAUGUCAGGGUUUGUUUCCAAGGAAGAGGAUCUUAAAAACGCUCUGGAGAUGAUUCAAAGCCUUCGUGGCGAAUGCUUUGAUUUGAAGACGUCUUUGGAGUCUUCUAAAUCUGAGUCAAGGGGUUUCUCUGAUGAGGUUGCAUUGCUUAAGGUGAAGCUUGAGGACCUGAAAGUUCAAAGGUCAGAGAUUGUCAAUACAGUGCAAAGCCUUGAGGAGAGUUUUGAGACGGAAAGAAAAAACAAUCAAAGCCUAAGGCAAGAGAUAGCAGCUGUUAAGGUAGCAAAGAGUCAGAGAGAAGAAGAACUGGUUGAACUCGUGAAAACUUACCAGGAACUCCGCUCCCUUCAUCAUCAGUUCAUUGCAGCUCUUGAGGGUAAUCUUGAUCCAGAGCUAGCCAGCGAGUUUGAGUCUGCUACUAAUGUUGAUGAAUAUGUUGCCGAAGCUAAAACCAAUCCUAACACGACCAUCCUCCUGUCAUCAUUGGUCUCUGGCUCUUUAGAAAGUGGGACAGCAAGCCCUGGUGUUACUUUGACCUCUCCUUUACCACCUCCUCCACUUUCUACAAGCCCCAUUACUAAGAGCCCAGAGACGCUGGCUAGCUUUGUCUCUAAGCUUCAGAAUAAUUUGCUGAGCCUUAGAAAAGCUAAAGAAAGCAUUAAGGGAGAGCUUGAGGAGAGUGUGACAAGAAUGGCAGCAUUGUUUGAGCAAAAAGAAGCUGCAGAGAAGCAAGUCCAGAGGUUGAUGUCGAUAAACAGGGAGAAGGAUGGAUCACUUCAAGUAGCACUCAAGACUAACUCAGAGCUACAAAGCACCAUUGAUUCACAAAUAAAUGAGAUAAGAGAGCUAAGUCUUAAAAUUGAUGAGGUUUGUAAUCUACAGCGAAGGACUGCAGAGGAGUUGGAUCUGUGUCGUGUUAAAAACCAAGCUGCCGUUAUCCAGCUCAGCAAACUCUCCGACCACCAGGUCCUGCAGGAGAUUGAGAAGAAGGAAAUGCAGAGUGAAUUGAACAAAGCAAAACUGACGACAGUCCUUCAGGAGAAUGAGCUUAUGAGACUCAGUAAAGAGAAAGAGAAAUGGGCAAUGCUGGAAAUGGAGCGAGAGACAAAGCUACGGAAUUUCGAAGAAGAGAAAUACGGCAUGGAACUGAUUAGUGUUAAGACUAAAUCUGAGAUUAAAGAGUUAGAGAAAAAGCUUUGUAAAGCUAUAGAGAGUAGAGAAGAAAUACUUGCUGCUUAUAAAAGCCAGCAAGAAGUGGGUAGGGGGCUGGAGAGAGAGAAGGAAACUCUAAUGUCAAAUUCUUUAAAGACUGAAGAGUUAUUAAAGCGAGAGAUUCAAGAUUUAACAAAGACAAAGGUAGGAUAUGAGAAGGAAUUGUCAAAGCUACAAGACGAAAUGAACAAAUUGAAAUUAAAGAUGGUUCAGUCGGAGUCUGCCCGAAAAGAAUCAGAAAGAAAAAUGACAACUCUCCUAGGCAAAUUUGAGGAAAUAAAAUUGGAGAAAUCAUCUGCUGCAGAGAAAGCAGAUGAAGAGAAAGGUCUGAGGGAUAUUUUGAUAAAACAGGUCAACGUUUUAAAGAGCAAACUUGAAAGAGAAAUCCUCAACAAUUCUUCAUCAAAAGAAGCUAUAGGCCACCUUCAGAAAGAGAUAGAAAGAAAGAAGAGAGAGAUUUGUGCUUCCAGAGAGGAACUUCGCAAAGCUAAGCAUGAGAUAAGUGCACUGAUCAUACGGCAGACUGAGUUUAAGAAUACGCUGUCAGCAAGUUACAAGCUCAACACUGAUCUUGCUGCAAAGAUUGAGGAAAAGGAGAAAAAGCAUCAGAAAGAGUUGCAGGUACUUCAGCAGGGACAAAAGAAAGACGAGAAUAUGUUAAAGAUCAGUCAAAAACUAUUCCAGACCCAGUGGGAGGGAAAAGAAUCCGAAUACAAAAACCUGAUAAAACAAUUGGAAAAGAAAGUACAAUUACUGGAUGAGUCACUGAUCCAAUUGAAGGUUUCACGAGAUGAAAUUAUAUCCAAAGCAGACAAACAAGACAAAGCCAUAGCAACGUUUCACAAAUACCUCUCACACGAGAGACCCUCGUCCACUGAAAGGCCUCAUGGUAGAGGAGGGGAAGUUCAAGUAUCGUUGCACCAUGGAUACUUAUCAGAUACAAGUAUAUAACAUUAACAAUAAUAAUAAUCAACAGAAUCACUUGUUUAUUAACAUAGUAUAAUAGUAUGAACAAGGAUUAUAGCUUAAUAGUAGCAUGUGUCAUUAUUGACUAUUGAUUAAAUAUCGUU